UUCCAGUCGGACGUAUUUUGUAGUAAGACACAUUCAAAAUGUCUUCGAAAGAGCGAGCACUCUGUCAGAUCUUCUCAUUUCAGGACUGUAAAACUUCUCCUGACCCGAUUUUUGAACUCCCCGCCCCGGGUCUGACUCCCACAGCGUCGCCGAUAGUGAUAGAUAACGGCUCCUUCCAGACCCGGGCCGGCUGGGCGAUACCAGGGGCAGAGUUUGACUCUCCGCGGCUGCUCUUCAGGUCGGUGGCGGCUCGCAGCAGAGGGGCCGCCCGCAGUGAAACACAGAUCGGUAACGACAUCCCGAACCUGGAGCCACUGCGAUGGCUGCUCAAGAGCCAGUUCGACCGAAACGUGGUCGUUAACUUUGAGAUCCAAGAGCUUAUAUUCGACCAUGUGUUCACACACUUGGGCAUCGCCUCUGAGGGCAGUGUGGAUCACCCCAUUGUGCUCACAGAGGCACCGUGUAACCCGCUGCACUGUCGGCAGAUGAUGUCAGAGUUGCUGUUUGAGUGCUAUCGUGUGCCCUACGUUUCCUAUGGGGUGGAUGGUUUGUAUAGUUUUUACCACGGCAACAAUCAAAGGAACAUCCACCCUCCGCACACUGGCAUUGUUCUUUCCUCAGGAUACCACUGCUCACACAUCCUGCCAGUCAUCAAUGGCAGGUUGGACGCGGGAAACUCUAAGCGUGUGAAUGUGGCCGGAAGCCAGGCAAUGUCCUACCUACAGCGCCUCCUCCAUCUGAAAUACCCAGGUCACGUUGCUGCCAUCACUCUCAGCCGCAUGGAGGAGCUACUGCAUGAACAUAGUUACACUGCUGUUGAUUACCAUGAAGAGCUGGAAAAAUGGCGCAGCCCAUCGUUCUAUGAGCAGGAGGUUCACCGUAUGCAGCUUCCCUUCUCAAUUAAAGUGCCAGGUGGCUGCGUGAGUGUGGAGGAGAGGCAAGAGAGAAGAGCUCAACAGCUUCGACGGCUUCAGGAGAUCAAUGCUCGCCGCCGGGAGGAGAAGCUGCAGCAGGACCAGGAGAGGCUGGACAGAUUAAUGGCAGUACAGGAGCUGCUGGAUGAUGGCCUGUUGGAUCAGUUUCAUAAGAGCCUGGUGGAGCUCAACAUGGACUCAGCUGAGGAGCUGCAGUCGUACAUCAACAAACUGCAGCUGGCUGUGGAGCAGGGCAGACAGAAACUGCUGCAGAGUGAUGGAACAGAGCUGAAGAUGGAGGUAUCUGAGCUGGAGCAUCCGAUAGACGAGGGAGAUGGAGUGGCGCUCAUGGAUACUGACUUCCCUGAGGACACGCUGCCAGAAAAACCUGCUAAUGUGGUUCAGCCGAUGUUCAGCGUGGCAGAGUACCAUCAGCUGUUUGUGGGGACAGAGCGUCUGCGGUGUCCAGAGAUCCUAUUCCAGCCGUCGUUGACUGGAGAGGACCAGAUGGGAAUGAUUGAGACGCUACAGUAUGUCCUGGCCAGGUAUACUCCAGAGCAGCAGGAGGCACUGGUGAGCAAUGUGUUUCUGACAGGAGGGAACAUGCAGUACCCAGGGAUGAAGGAGAGAGUGGAGCGAGAACUGCGGGCAAUGCGACCGUUCCAAUCACACUUCAAGGUGACCAUGGCGUCACAGCCAGCCCUGGGUGCUUGGUAUGGGGCGAGAGACUGGGUCUUGGAGCAUCCACCUGUAGGAGGAGCAGCAGCAGAAGAGGGAUGGAUCAGCAGACAGGACUAUGAGGAGAAAGGAGGCGAGUAUCUGAGCGAGCACUGCGCCUCUAACCUCUUCAUUCCCAUGAAGAUCGCCAAGCUGGUUCCUACUCGGACUGCCGAGCCAUCCAUUACCACACAGGUUUCAACAGGAGCUCCUGCUACUGUCUCCAUGGUUACGUCUUCUCUGACUACCUCCUGUCCUACAGUUGCUGCUGAUGUUACUGUGGUUACCACCUGAACUGAGAACUAAGAGGUUAUUUUCAGAUUACCAGGCUAAAGUUUUUUUGUUUUUUUUUCCAUUGAUGUGACUGAUCUUUUUUCAGGCAGAAAUCCAAUAAGUCAAUUCAGAUUUUCAAAUCAGAUUACUGUCACGUCAGUAUGUGGUCCAGUCCAUGGCCCUGUGACAUGAAUGAAGAAGACUAUAUCACAAUACCUGCAGUUUUGGCUAUGCUGGUACAGCAUUCAUGUGCUAAUGUUGACAUUGACCUGCCCCACAGAGUGCCGCCCUCUCACUCACAAAAUUAUGCUGCAGUAGCUUCCAUCUCUGAAUUUCCCCUAUGGGGAACAAUAAAGGUACAAUUUAUCUUGCAUUUUUUUGAUACAUGCAUGGUGAUUCAGAGCGUGAUCACAUUCAGCUGCGAGACACUUUUAUAACAUGAACCGCCAAAUCUGAUCUGUAGUAAAUCGGAUUUUAAUCAGAUGUCAGCAGUGUUGCUGGUAAUCGUAACGUAGCCAGAUAUCUCAGCUAUUUACUUUUGUGUGUUCACUUUUCAGAAGUGGACACAAUUUCAGUUUGACGUAUGACUUUCUCUUUCUCUUCUCUUAUCUCUUUCAACAUCCUCCAGACAACAGGUGGAAAACUUGCAUCCAAUUAAUUAAAUGACAAUAAGACUUUGCUUUUUGAUUCUAAAGAAGAGUGAAAAUAUUUUUGUUGUUAAAAUUGAAUGAAAUAUCUUGGUGUGACCUGCUGUUGGUUUUGUACACGCACACAAACAGCAUCACAAUUGGCAGUCGCUGUUUUUGACAAUGUAAAGUAAUGUAUUUUUCCUUUAUAUACAUGAAGGUCACCAUUAAUGAUUGUUUCAAUUUUCAGUCUGCACUUCUUAAUAAUGUCUGUCUCUUGGUCCUCUGUGAUUUUUCUAGCAUUGUCACAGGGCCUGUUUCAGAAGUACUGCUGUUUUUUUACUGUUUCUUGAUGCUCGAGGAAACCCCCAAGGAACUGUUCAUAUUGAAUGCCAUCAAAUGCAUGAUCUUAAAAAUCCAAUGAAGAUGUAUAUAUUUGUAUUUUUUAUGUAAAUUGAAUGUGUGUGUGUUUUUAAUAAAUAGUUUUUCACUGAUGAGAAAAGAAACCAACAGAGAA